GGAAUCUGACAGACAAACACAGACACACCCAUAAGGGGAGAGUGGAGGAGAAACGCUCGCAUUUCGCAGGUUUCAUUUUCUUUCAGCACAAUCAACGGAUACCCAGAUACAACGUACAAUGACUACGAUAUCUGGCAAAUAUAUAGCAAUUAUUAUUAAAACAACCAGCAUAUUACGUUAUUUUAGUUAUUGAAAUGUGUAUUGUAUAACACACCUCCAUGUAUUUUUGGUGUCCUUAAGUAGCCUAUGAAUUCUCCGUCAAAGUAAAAGUGAAAGUAGAAAACGUAUUUAUUUACGUACGUAUUUUUAACUUUCAUUACAUUUUCAUGUCUACGUUGUUUAGCCCUACUGUGUUUAUGGACACUAUAGUUGAGAACCGUUUCGGACAGAACGCGCUGGUGUUCAAAAUGCUGGGCAUUUUAAUUAUUGGGUUCUUGCCGACAUGCGUUUUGGCUGAUGGAGGUGCAGAUGUGGUGCUGUCCUGUUCUCUGGUGGAGGAGGGUGGGGUGUUGGGGGGAAUGGGAGGGGGUGGGAUGUUUACCCGCACCCCAGCCACCCUGGUCCUGAGAGACUUGGCUGUGACCCCCGAUCUGUCCCCUGAAACACUGACUCCAUUCGUCCCUAAUCCAGUCCCUGAUGCCGAUGACAUCAUCAUUGAGGCUAAAGUGACCUCUCCUGAGAUCCCGGAGGCCGACCUGCUGCUCCAUGCUGACUGCAACGAGCAGGAAGUGACAUGUGAGAUCAGCCGCUACUUCCCCCGUGGUUCCCAGGACGACAGCGAGCCAGCCUACUUCAUCGGCUCCCUGCAGGUGGAGGGAGGCGGGCUCGGCCUCACGCUGAUCCUGCAGACAGUGGCAGUUGAGACUGACCAAUCCGAUCCGCCAGCUCUCGUGCAAAGCAAACUGGAGCUUCCCCUCAGCCAAUCAGGAACGUUGCUGACAGAGGUGGUGUAUUUGGUGUUCUCUCGCUUGCAGUCUGUGUCUGCUCCUCUAGGGGGCGUAGUCCUGCUGGACUGUGGGUUCAGACAGCAGGCUCCGCCCCCAGGGCCGGACCUGGGGCUUGAGUGGCGGCUGCAGCAUCAAGGAACAGGAAGGAGAGUACUCGAGUUGAAGGUCGGGCAAACAGGAAGUGAGGUGGAACCCGUCGUAUACGUGGAGAGGCAAGGCUCCGUUGUGGACGCCGCCCUGCUGGUGGGCGAGGGGAAUGCAUCCGUGAGUCUGUCCACACUGAAGGUGUCCGACGAGGGGACCUACAUCUGCACCGUCAGCAAUGGGCUCUUCCAGGCUCAGCAGGUCAUCCAGCUGCACGUCAUCCAGCCUCCACGCGUCACUCUCUCUAAAGACAAGCUGGUAUUUCUGGAUACAUCGCCCCAGAAAUUGAGCUGCCACUGCAAACAUUACUACCCGCUGGAUGCUCAGGUGGAGUGGUUGUCUCUCUCUCCCUCAGGCACAGAGCCCGUCCUCAUGGCAGACCAAGGUUCCCUCUCCAGCCACAGACAGCACAGUGACGGGACCCUCUCCAUCUCCUCCCACCUCAUCCUAGCCCCCACCAGCCUGCCUGCUGGGACCACGGUCACCUGCAGGGUGUCCCACCACGCCCUGGCCUCGCCCCUGUCCAUCAGCCUGACCGUGGAGGCAUCUGAGCCAGAUUCCUAUUGGAUGUUCCUGGGCUUCCUGGUCAUCACCGGGCUCUUCUUCUAUCAAGUUAUGAGAUAGAUCAGAGCUCCGCUUCCUCCGGUCCUGCUCAGCGACCCUCAAUGCUCAUGGAUGCUCAUGGAGUUCACAAUAACUGCAUUGGUGUAGCUAAUGGGAGUUAAUAUGAAACUGUGAAAGGAUUUUAUUUUCUAAAUAAAUGAUGUAAAUGAC